GUGAAGUCUUAAGUCUAAAAGGAGGACGUGACGAGCAACCUCAUCUGUGUCAAAGCUUCAGUUAUGAGUCAUUGUCUUCAUCAAACUGGUCGUGAUUGUCUCCAUGGAUUUCUCAUUCCAAAGUAUCGUCUCAGCCAGAGGAACCACAUCGGGCCCCGGGCUCGGUAGUGAUGCUGGCGAUGCAACACUACAACUCCUCAGGAAUUAUGGCCUCCCCCUCCCCCUCUAACGACACCACCAUGGUGCGGGAGGCUUGUAAUGGCACCCCCCCGACGAGCAACCCCUUGGCUGCAGCCCUCACCAUGACUCUGGGCAUCUUGUUCAACGUGGUGGCCCUGAUCAUUCUCGCCAAGGCUUACAACCGCUUCCGUCGCCGGUCAAAGGCCACGUUCCUGCUCUUCGCCAGCUCCCUGGUGGCGACAGAUCUGGCUGGACAUGUUAUCGCCGGAACCCUGGUGUUGAGAAUAUACUCCACAGUGAACAACUCCACAGUGAACACCACCUCCAGCUGCAGGGACCCUGAUGCCUCGUGUCUGUUUUUGGGAAGCUGCAUGGUGUUCUUCGGCCUGUGCCCACUUUUCCUGGGUUGUGCCAUGGCUGCUGAGCGCUGUCUGGGCGUCACGAGGCCUCUGCUACAUGCACGCCUGGUGACCACAGCACGGACUAAAAUGGCACUGACCCUCAUCUGGCUACUGGCAUUAUUAGUGGCCCUCCUGCCCUUCUUCAACCUGGGUGCAUACACCUAUCAGUACCCAGGCACGUGGUGCUUCAUCAGGGUGAUGGAGGACACUAAAGCCUCGGACCUGGCCUUUGUGAUGCUGUUCUCUGGACUUGCGUUGAGUUCUCUGGCCGUGGCCUUUGUAUGCAACACCAUCAGUGGGAUCACGCUGGUGCGAGCCCGGCUAAAGAAGAGGUGCAGCUCCCAGCGCCGCUCGGCCACGUCUAAUGACACGGAGAUGGUGGUGCAGCUGGUCGGCAUCAUGGUCACCUCCUGCAUCUGCUGGAGCCCUCUGCUGAUCUUUGGAGUGAUGUCGGCCAUGUGGUCCUACAGAAACCCCUUGAGCAGUGACCGGGACACUUACCAGGCUCUGAUGGUGACGGGCGUCAGGAUGGCGACCUGCAACCAGAUCCUGGACCCUUGGGUCUACAUCCUGCUGCGGCGGGCCAUCCUCAGGAAGAUCUACCGCAUCACCAAGAAGCAGGCCAGUUUCAAGGGAAGCACUUUUCGCACCACUCGCUGGGACCUCAGCUCCUUUCAGAACUCAGAGAAAACCAGUGGCAAUAAGAUGAUCUGAUGGUCAGAACUGAACCUGGCAGCUUUUCAACCUGAACUGACUUCACGCUCAGAAGGUCCCCCGGUGAGGAGAGAUUUCUUUCUGGGCGUGUGGGAACGAGGCCACGUUCCCUUCUAUUUAUAAGGUAUAGACUCCAAGUAAAGCCAGAUUUCUGGUACAUUUGGUUUGAAUCCAUUAUUUCAUCAAAUAAAAACAGGUGAAACUUGUUGAAAUAAUUGUUGACACUGACUCACGAUUGGUGGAGUGGCCCCCCCAAUACCGCGGCUCCAUCUAUCACCUGCUGGCGCCAUUACCUCUUUGAAACGGAUCGUCACUGAAGCGCAAUGAAUGGAGGGAAGGACACAUUUGAAGGAGCCUUAGAAUGGGACAGCCACGCCAUCUCGCUGUGACGCCAUUGACCUUUAAAUGCAGCCUCCGAAGGAUGUAGCCCAUGAAUCCAGACCAAGCUUCUGGCUCCAAAUACACAAGAUGGAAAUUGUUAGAUAUGAUGGCUUCGUGUCCGGAUAGUGGGAGGAAGUGGAAGAGCGUCGUCCAUCUUCAUUUACAGUCCAUGUAUGAAGAGGUUAAAAGGUGGAAACGAGCCAGUGUUAAACUACAGAGGGAAAACGUCCCGGCUCAUUCUAAACUGCUGGGAGCGUAUUUCACGAUGCAACAUGUCUCAGAUGUGUGUGUGGCAGUCUGUCCUCUAUGAGAGCAGAUGUAAGUAUAAAGGUGCGCGGGAGAACGAUGGAUUCAACGCAAGUAGAGACUGUAAUCGAGUCUUACGGCGAACAUAUCAAAGUUUCUUUAAAUGAUUGUUUUGUUCGGUGACAAAAGUCACUCGUGUAAAUGCUCAAAUGAGAGAGCAAAAGAAAAGGCUGUGCUCUUACCUCAGCUUGAAGAUGUGAAAAACACCAUUGUGUGUGUCUGCUGGUGUGAUGCUGUGAUAUGAGUGUGUGUGUGUGUCUGUGUGUGUCUGUGUGUGCGUGUGUGUGAGAGAGAGAGAAGUAUUUCCCUCACAUGUGAGGACUGAAGUGAAACUCUGUGUUACCAAAGCUAAC